AUGAAGGAAGAAAAUGUAAGGGAACAAGCAGGAGGAGUUGUGAGGGAACAAGAAGGCAGAGUUGUGAGGGAACAAGAAGGCAGAGUUGUGAGGGAACAUGAAGGCAGAGAUGUGAGGGAAUAUAAAGGUCGAGCUGUACUGACGAUUAUGAUCGUGGUGGGGGCGACCACUGCAGACCCAGGCGACUAUCAAGUUUACCCCUCGGUGCCUCUGCCGUACCAGUUUAACUACGCUGUACACGACGACUACAAGGGCACGCACUUUGGCCAGAACGAAAAAUCUGACGGCAAUGCCGUCCACGGGUCCUACAAUGUGGCCCUUCCCGACGGCCGCAAACAAACGGUGGACUACACAGCUGACCACUACAAGGGUUUCGUGGCCAAGGUCAGCUACGAUGGAGUAGCGAAACAUCCAGCGAAGUAUGGGCCCCCCAUCACUUUCCAGCAAAGCGGUGGCGGAGGCUACCACUAAAACCUGGGAACUUCCACUACAACACCAGGGAUACCACUGCAUCAGGAAUACUAAAUUAUAUGUGGUGAGGGCUAUCAGUGAACUCCGGGAGGCUGUCUGGGGUCGUGGACUACUUGUAAAAGUCAGGAACUAGCAAAGAUCACAUAUGUAAUCAAUAAACAUGAACCUAUAUUAAGAAGCGCCUUGAACCAAAAUUAUGGUGUACCACUGUAUCAUCUUGCAAUCCUAGCCACAAAAAAAAAUAUUUAUACAAAGAUCAAUUUUUUAUCCUUCGAUUUUGACCUCUUUAACUCCAAAUUAUAUUAACUAAGUGUAGA